AUGCCAGCUAAAGGUAAAUACUUCUUCAACGAAAAUGAUAACUGCAAGAUAUCAGACCCACUCUAUGAGAAGUACCGCUAUACAAGCCAGCAACAUCCGCUCCUGCUAUUGCUGCUCUUCAUUACAAUCAUCUUCUGGACUACUCUAAUUAUAAUCUUUUUUGUCACUGAUGAAGCACAUUAUCAUCUUGCCUUCAUUAUUGCAGUAUGUGCCGCUCUUGUCAUAUUUGCAGUCAUGUACUUACUUUUAUGUAUUGAGUCCCUAUUUCGGAGAUGGCUAACGUUAUUUGGAGUUAUGAUUUGGAUUUGCUUCUUAAUCGUAGGAUAUGUAUCUCUUUUUGAAAAAGAAAAUGAUUAUCAACUGUGGGAACAGGUGCCAUUCUUUCUGUUCAUAAUCUUCACAGUUUAUACCAUGCUACCCUUUGGGAUGCGAGGUGCUGUCAUAAUUAGCGUUCUUUCUGCUCUCUCCCAUAUUAUUGUUCUAAGCAUUGUGGUAAGCAUGACUUCUCAGGAAAAUAAGGAAUCCAUUCUGUUUCAGCUACUUGCCAAUGUUGUCAUUUUUCUUUGUGGUAACUUGAUGGGUGCAUUUCACAAACGCCAAAUGCAGGUUGCUUCGUGGGAUUUGUAUAGAUACACAUUAAAGUGCAUUCAGGUCCGAAUGAAAUUGAAGAUUGAAAAGAGGCAACAAGAAAACUUGCUUUUAUCCAUACUGCCAGCUCAUAUAUCUAUGGAAAUGAAGCUAGCAAUCAUAGAGCGGCUAAAAGAAACUAAUGAUAAUAGGCAAAUGCAUGACAACAACUUCCAUAGUCUAUAUGUAAAAAGGCACCAAAAUGUUAGCAUUCUUUAUGCAGACAUUGUAGGAUUCACUCGCCUUGCCAGUGACUGCUCUCCUAAGGAACUAGUAGUGAUGCUGAAUGAACUUUUUGGAAAGUUUGAUCAGAUUGCAAAG